AUGGAUGAGAGGCCCACGCCUCGGGACACCGAUGUCCCUGGCGGGUUCCCCGAGACACCUAGUCUUGCUCCGGCCAGCGGUCACCCUACACCGAUGGCAUUGUCUAGUCAUGGCCAGCACAAUUCUCACAGCAUCUCGGGCACAGAAUCGGGCCAUAUUGCCCAGACUAACGCAAGUUACUUUACCACAACUUCGCGCGUCCGCGAUGACACCUCGUCUUCUACUCUCACACUCCCUGGCAAUGGUGCUGCAGUUUCAGGCAGUCGCAAAGCUUCGCAAGUAGAAGAUUUAUCGGAGAAGAAUGCCCCCAUUGACGAUGAAUCAACGCCAUCCUCUCCCUCCGCCAAUGCUUCAUCGCCUACCGACAGCGCUCACUUUGCGCCCCUCAAAACCCAUACUAGCAAUGCCAAACGGCCACAGGCGCGCAGACAAGGGAGCAAUUUAACUGAAGACGAUCUUUUCCGAGUACUGUCUCGUCGCCGUACCAAUGCUACACAUCAGUCAGAUGCUGAGCAAGAGGAACAGCAAGAGAUUGAGCGUCUCAUGUCUCGGAUAUUUGGCCGAGCUCGACAAGAACAGAGCGAAGAGGAGAAAACGCGGCAUAGCGGCGUUGUUUUCCGCGAUCUCACAGUCAAAGGCGUCGGUCUCGGGGCUAGCUUGCAGCCCACCAUUGGGGACAUCUUUCUCGGGUUCCCGCGAAAGAUCAAAAUGCUCUUCACUCGAGGGCCGAAGGCUGCAUUCGCAAAGUCCCCAGUCCGAGAGCUCAUUAGCCAUUUCGAUGGCUGUGUACGCCCAGGAGAGCUUCUCCUUGUCCUCGGCCGUCCAGGUUCAGGCUGCAGCACUUUUCUCAAGACUUUCUGCAAUCAGAGGGCAGGAUUCGAGGCCGUUCAAGGGGAGGUCACUUAUGGAGGCGCCCCUGCUGAGGAGAUGAGCAAAAGGUUCCGCGGGGAAAUAAUCUACAACCCUGAAGACGACCUACACUACCCAACCCUGACCGUCAAGAGAACCCUCAAUUUCGCUUUGGAAACACGAACCCCUGGGAAAGAAUCGAGACUCGAAGGCGAGAGUAGGACGGACUACAUCGAAGAGUUCAUGAGAGUUGCCACGAAGCUCUUCUGGAUCGAACACACCCUGGGCACGAAGGUUGGCAACGAAUUUGUCCGAGGUGUUUCUGGUGGCGAGAGAAAGCGCGUCAGCAUUGCAGAAGCUAUGAUUACCCGUGCAUCCGUCCAGGGAUGGGACAACUCAAGCAAAGGUCUCGAUGCCAGUACUGCUGUAGAGUAUGUCCGAUCUAUUAGGGCUAUGACAAACAUGGCAGAGACUUCGACCGCCGUCUCGCUGUAUCAAGCUGGCGAGUCUCUCUAUGAUCUCGUCGACAAAGUCCUACUCAUCGACGAGGGAAAAUGUCUUUACUAUGGACCUUCCGAGGCUGCGAAGCAGUAUUUUAUUGAACUCGGUUUCGAGUGCCCAGACCGGUGGACGACUGCAGACUUCCUGACUUCAGUGACCGACGAGCAUGAGCGCCAUAUUCGAGACGGCCAUGAGUCUCGUAUUCCAAGGACCCCGGAGGAGUUUGACUUGGCAUACAGAAACAGCGAAGCCUACCGGAAAAACAUUCAAGACGUCGAAGAGUUCGAAUCUCAACUUGCGCAACAGAUGGAAACCCGGCGCCAGAACGAAUCGAAGAAAACGGAGACCAAGAAUUACGAGAUUCCUUUUCACAAGCAGGUAAUCUAUUGCACUAAGCGCCAGUUCAUGGUCAUGGCUGGGGAUCGGGCGUCUCUUUUUGGCAAAUGGGGUGGGCUGGUAUUCCAAGGUCUCAUCGUGGGCAGUCUGUUCUACAACCUUCCCAAUACCGCUUCUGGAGCAUUUCCCCGUGGAGGAACCCUGUUCUUCCUACUUCUCUUCAAUGCCUUGCUUGCACUUGCGGAACAGACGGCAGCCUUCGAAUCGAAACCCAUCCUGCUAAAACACAAGUCCUUUUCUUUCUACCGCCCAGCAGCCUUUGCUAUUGCCCAAACAGUCGUCGAUGUACCGCUCGUCUUCAUACAGGUUAUCCUUUUCAACAUCAUCAUAUACUGGAUGUCCAACCUUGCAAGGACUGCUUCACAGUUCUUCAUCGCCACACUCAUCCUUUGGUUAGUCACCAUGGUGACCUACGCAUUCUUCCGCGCCAUUUCAGCUUGGUGCAAGACCUUGGAUGAUGCAACCAGAUUCACGGGUGUGUCUGUCCAAAUUGUCAUCGUUUACACUGGUUACCUUAUUCCCCCAACUUCGAUGCGCCCUUGGUUUGGGUGGCUACGAUGGAUCAACUGGAUCCAGUACGGGUUUGAGUGUCUCAUGUCCAAUGAGUUUUACGAUCGGCAGCUCCAAUGCGUUCCCCCUUAUCUCGUUCCUCAAGGACCCAACGCGUCGCCGGCCUAUCAAGGUUGUGCGCUCGCCGGAAGCUCACCAGGUCAGACGAUUGUACCCGGUUCCAGCUACAUCGAAGCCUCUUUCACAUAUUCCCGUUCUCAUCUCUGGCGGAAUUUCGGCUUCCUCUGGGCUUUCUUCAUUUGUUUUGUGAUACUCACAGCUUUGGGUAUGGAGCAUAUGAAGCCGAAUACGGGUGGCGGCGCCAUCACGGUCUUUAAACGCGGGCAAGUCCCCAAGAAGGUGGAGAAUAGCAUCGCUGCCGGCGGGAGUGGCAAGAAAGGUGAUGAGGAAUCAGGCGAAGCCAACAACGGCGCACAAACAAUGACGGCCGACACUCUGAAGAAAGAACAGAGCGACGAGGACAUCAUGAAGCAAGUGGCUCGGAACGAGACGGUCUUUACUUUCCGCAACGUCAACUACGUGAUUCCUUUUGAGAAGGGAGAGCGCACGCUACUGGAUGAUGUACAAGGAUAUGUACGGCCCGGAAAACUUACUGCCCUUAUGGGUGCCGGUAAGACAACUUUGCUCAAUGCCUUGGCUCAACGCCUCAAUUUUGGAAAAGUCACUGGCGAGUUCCUGGUUGAUGGCCGUCCGCUGCCCAAGUCAUUCCAGAGAGCGACGGGUUUCGCCGAGCAGAUGGAUAUUCACGAACCAACAGCAACGGUACGGGAGGCUCUUCAGUUCUCAGCGCUGUUGCGCCAACCUCGAGAAGUAUCCAAGAAGGAGAAGUUUGAUUACUGUGAGACCAUCAUUGAUCUUCUUGAGAUGCGCGACAUCGCUGGGGCAACGAUUGGCAAAGUAGGCGAGGGUCUCAAUGCGGAACAGCGAAAGAGACUAACCAUUGGUGUCGAGUUGGCGUCGAAGCCUGAGCUACUCAUGUUCUUGGACGAGCCUACUUCCGGUUUGGAUUCUGGCGCUGCCUUCAACAUCGUUCGGUUUCUCCGCAAGCUGGCAGAUGCUGGUCAGGCCGUGUUGUGCACCAUUCAUCAGCCGUCGGCCGUGUUAUUCGAAGACUUUGACGAGCUUUUGCUUCUCAAAGCAGGUGGCCGAGUUGCGUACCAUGGACCCCUUGGGCACGACAGCCAAGACCUCAUUCAAUACUUCGAGUCGAACGGUGCUCACAAAUGCCCUUCGAGCAGCAAUCCAGCCGAGUACAUGCUGGAGGCAAUUGGUGCCGGCGACCCGAACUACAAAGGCAAGGACUGGGGCGACGUCUGGGCGCAGUCGAAGCACAAGGAGGAGAGAUCCCGGGAAAUUGACGAGAUGCUGGCCAAGAGGAAGAACGUCGAGCCAUCGAAAAGCCUCAAGGACGACCGCGAAUAUGCCAUGCCCUUGUCGACUCAGACCGUGGCAGUGGUUAAGCGUUCGUUCACUGCCUACUGGCGCACACCGAACUACAUUGUCGGGAAGUUCAUGCUACACAUCCUGACGGGCCUGUUCAAUUGCUUCACAUUCUACAAAAUUGGAUAUGCAUCUGUCGACUUCCAGAACCGGCUUUUCUCCAUCUUCAUGACUUUGACGAUUAGUCCCCCGCUUAUCCAACAACUACAGCCAGUGUUUCUGCAAUCACGCCAAAUUUUCCAGUGGCGCGAGAACAACGCAAAGAUCUACAGCUGGUUUGCUUGGACAACAGCUGCCGUCCUUGUUGAGAUCCCGUAUGCCAUUGUCGCCGGAGGCAUCUACUUCAACUGUUGGUGGUGGGGUGUGUUCGGGUGGCGUCUGCCCAGCUUCAAUUCUGGCUUUGCAUUCCUCUUGGUCAUCCUCUUCGAGUUGUACUACGUCAGCUUUGGACAGGGCAUCGCAGCGUUCGCCCCCAACGAGCUUCUAGCAUCUCUGUUGGUCCCCAUAUUCUUCCUCUUUGUCGUCAGUUUCUGUGGUGUGGUUGUUCCAGCCAACCAACUUCCCACAUUCUGGAGGGCUUGGAUGUACUGGCUUACACCUUUCCACUACCUGUUGGAGGCUUUCCUCGGAGUAGCCAUCCACGAACAGCCUGUUCAGUGCGAGGCUGGUGAGUUUGCGAGAUAUCAGCCACCUCCAAACCAGUCUUGCGAAGAUUACACUGCGCCGUAUAUUCAGCAGGCAGGUGGAUAUGUCCGAACUGGAGAUGGGGGCAUUUGCGAGUUUUGCCAAUAUGCGACUGGUGACGAGUUUGGUGCAGGUUUCAGUGUCUACUACAGUAACAUCUGGCGUGACUUUGGUAUUUUCUGUGGGUUUAUUGUCUUCAACUACACUGUUGUUUACUUUGGGACUUGGCUCAAGUUCAAGGGGAAGAAUCCCUUCAAGAAUGUCAUGAUGAAGAAGAAGGGCGGCAGUGGUUGA